UAAAAAAUGACUUCUUGAAUUUCAACUUGUGAUUGCAAAAUGGCUCAAAUGGACGCAAUCAACUUCGCAUUCCUGACAGAUUUCAUGAACUUUACCAACAACUUUAAUGUACUGAAUGCAUCUUGCAAUGGAACGACCAAUGGGUCAUGCAUGGACGUGUCCACCUCUACUGAAACUGAAGCAACAGAGAAAGUGUUUUGGGCAUUAUUACUUAUACCACUCCCACUGGUGGCUGUUGUGGGAAACAUUUUGGUUAUUUUGAGCGUGUAUAAAGAGAAAAAUUUGCAGACUGUAACGAACUAUUUCAUUGUGAGCCUAGCUUUUGCCGAUCUUUUAGUAGCUGCAGUUGUUAUGCCCUUUGCUGUCUACGUAUUGGUAAAUGUGGACUGGGAACUAAGUGACACGUUGUGCGACUUUUAUAUCGCUGUUGAUGUGACUUGUAGCACUGCUUCUAUCUUUAAUUUAGUUGCUAUAAGUAUCGACAGAUACAUCGCCGUGACUCAACCAAUCAAGUAUUCCAAACACCGCAACAACAAGCGAGUCUUCCUAACGAUCGCGAUCGUUUGGAUCGUCUCAGCCGCCAUCGGAUCUCCUAUUGUACUCGGCUUGAACACGUCUCCGGAGAGAAUACCUCAGCUCUGCGUCUUCUACAAUUCCGACUUCAUAAUAUAUUCAUCGCUCAGCUCCUUUUACAUUCCUUGCAUAGUCAUGGUCUUCCUCUACUACAAGAUAUUCAAAGCCAUCCAUGAACGUGCGAUUCAAAGCAAGAGGCGGGCGAAUGCUGGCAAUCGCUUAUUGGAUGGCAAAACUGCUGAAAGAGCUAGCAGAAAACGCAAAACUCAAGAAGAAAAACCGGCUUGUUCACAUCUUCAAGUAGUUCUUGAAACUGAGGGUGGUACGACAAAUACUGGUAGCUAUGAACAUCCUGAUGAAGAUUUGGAUGAUGAAGAUGACGAUGAUGGUGCUGGUCUUGCCAAUGGCGAUAAUCCACAGUCUGGGUCACUCAACAAAGGAAGUUCUACACCCGUUAUAAUGAAACUAAAAACCAUAAGUGAACCCGAUAAUGGAAAUGCUGAUUCUGGUUAUGGUCCUUCCCAACACGAGACACAUUUCAGUAUAAACCAGAAACAUGACUCCCCUCUUUCCAGGAGUCCAAGUGGCUCACCAAAAAUAAAUAGUCUUCCUGGAGAUGCCACUAGGAAGAAUGGGAUCUUAUUUAAAGCAGGCAGCAAGACGCAGUCAAAAUUUGAUGAAGUAUAUGUGGAAAGGAAGAAAAAAUACAGAUUUAAUCUGGGGAAAAAGCAUAAAAGCAGCAGCAAAAAACGAGAAAAGGCUUCUGCAAAAAGAGAAAGAAAGGCUACUAAAACUCUUGCAAUAGUAUUAGGUAUGUUCUUGAUGUGCUGGGUGCCCUUCUUCACAUGCAAUAUACUUGAUGCUAUCUGCAUUAAGUUAGAGUCCGAUACAUGGAGACCCGGUGUGACUGUUUUCCUUCUCACUACAUGGCUUGGAUACAUAAACAGCUGCGUAAAUCCUGUAAUUUACACCAUUUUCAACAUGGAGUUCAGAAAAGCAUUCAAGAAACUUCUUCAGGAAAUGUGGACUUGUUGUUCAAGGAGUGGACAUUAAUAUCC